CAGGGCAGAGUUGGGUUGGGGUUGAUGAGUGAGGGAGUGGCCUCUCUUCUUCGUGUAGGCGGCGUGGCGAUCAUCCUUUGAUUCCUUUUUCCCUGCCUGCCUGGCUUGGGUUUCUCCGCCCUUCAUCGCUAUCUCCGUCGCCCGGCCCCCUUCUCAUCAUACUCAUCUCUCUCUUCUUCAGUCUUCACUUCAGAACAUUUCUUACCGGUAGUAGAACUCAAAGGGCGCAACAAUGUCUUCAGCUUUCCCAGCAAUGAAGAUCCUCCAGCCGCUUUCCACCACCAGAUCUCCAGAGAAACCCUUAUUCGAUCUCCUCAAAUCCCCCUCUUCUUUCCUCGGCUCCGCCAGCAAAUUGCGCUUCAAUGCUCAGAAACCAUCUCCUUCUUCUUCUUAUUCUUCUUCUUGUCACCGUCCAUCCACCAUUGUCGCCGUAUCCGAUGUUGUCAAGGAGAAGAAGACUCUCAAAUCUAACUCCUCUCUCUCCAAUCUGUUGAUCACCAAGGAGGAAGGCUUAGAACUCUACGAAGACAUGGUUCUUGGAAGAGCUUUCGAGGACAUGUGCGCCCAGAUGUAUUACAGAGGUAAAAUGUUCGGCUUCGUCCACCUCUACAAUGGCCAGGAAGCCGUGUCGACCGGCUUUAUCAAACUCUUGAAGCAGGAAGAUUAUGUCUGCAGUACAUACCGGGAUCAUGUUCACGCCCUCAGCAAAGGUGUUCCUGCUCGUGCUGUCAUGAGUGAACUAUUUGGCAAGACUACCGGCUGCUGCCGAGGCCAGGGUGGGUCCAUGCACAUGUUUUCCAAAGAGCAUAACCUCCUUGGUGGCUUCGCAUUCAUCGGGGAAGGGAUUCCAGUCGCCACAGGUGCUGCUUUCACCUCCAAGUACAGGAGGGAGGUUCUCAAAGAGGCGGGUUGCGAUAGUGUAACCUUGGCCUUCUUUGGGGACGGUACCUGUAACAACGGCCAGUUCUUUGAGUGCUUGAACAUGGCUGCGUUGUGGAAAUUGCCAAUUGUUUUUGUCGUGGAGAACAAUUUGUGGGCAAUUGGGAUGUCUCAUCUGAGGGCGACUUCGGAUCCGGAAAUUUGGAAGAAGGGACCAGCUUUCGGGAUGCCUGGGGUGCAUGUGGAUGGGAUGGAUGUUUUGAAGGUGAGGGAGGUAGCCAAAGAGGCGAUUGCGAGGGCGAGAAGAGGAGAAGGGCCGACUUUGGUGGAGUGUGAGACAUAUAGAUUUAGGGGACACUCUCUGGCUGAUCCGGAUGAACUUCGUGACCCUGCUGAGAAGGCUCGCUAUUCUGCAAGAGACCCCAUCACAGCAUUGAAGAAAUACAUGAUCGAGAACAAUCUGGUCAACGAAGCUGAGUUGAAAGCCAUAGAAAGGAGGAUUGAUGAAGUGAUUGAGGAUGCUGUGGAGUUUGGAGAUAAAAGCCCUCUUCCAUCACGCAGCCAGCUACUAGAGAAUGUGUUUGCAGAUCCAAAAGGUUUUGGAAUUGGCCCUGAUGGGAAGUACAGAUGUGAAGAUCCUAAGUUUACAGAAGGCACCGCCCAUGUCUGAGUUUUAUAGCUGAUUAUCCAUACAUUUAUGCAAGCUCUGUCUUCAUGGUUAGUGUGAGCGUAGGGUUGAUUACAAGUUCAUAUUUCCAAAAAUUAGCUUUUCUUUUUCUUUUUCUUAUUUAAGGACGGUGUAUGUUCUCAGCUUUUCCUUGUUAUCUGAUAUUAGUUUGCUCUUUUAAUUAUUUAUCCAGGCAUAUUCUUGCCCCCUACACUUACUGUUGAUUAUUACUUUUAACAGAAAUUGAUCUGUUUCUCUGUGGGAAAUUCAUAAGGAAUUAUUGGUCAUAUGUUU